AUGAAAGCUUUAAAGGAUCUUAAAUAUAAACAAAAAUAUAAACAUUUAAAAAAAGAAAAAGAAAAAUUAAAAAAUUAUUAUAAAAAUGAAUUUGAAGAAUUAGAAGAUAAAUUGGCUUCUUUAAAAAUUGAAAAUGAUGAAUUAAAGAAUAAAUUUUAUACAAUUGAAAAACUUAAAAAAAAACAAAAAUUAUAUACUUGUCAAUAUAAUGUAAAGAUUAAUGAUAUUGAAACUAAUGUUUGUAUCGAUUCUGGUUGUGAUAGAAUGAGUUUUAUGACAAUGAAAAAAGCAAAGAAAUUAGGAUUAAAAAUUAAACCAGCUGAUAAAAAUGAUUAUUGUAUAGGUGUUGGUGGUCAAUCUAAAAUAGAAGGUGUUAGUUCUACAACAAUUGAAUUUGAUAGUAUUAAAUUUUCAAUUCAUUUCGAAAUAGGAAAUACUAGUAGUAUUUUAAUUGGUUGUAAUUUUUUAAAACAUUACAAUGCAGAAAUUAAUUUUAAAACAGAAUAUUUAAAAUUAACAUAUAAUGAUAAAACUAUUAAAAUUAAAAUUAAUAUGUAUUGGUUUAUUUUUAUUUAA